CCUCUUCUCCUCCUACAUAGACUGCCAUCUCAUCUUCCCGAUUCCCUCUGCAAUCCUUCAAUCUUCGAAUCAGACUGAAAACUCAUUAUCCGGGAGAAAAGUCGAAGAUGUUGCAGGAGAUGUGGAAUGGACCGCCGGGUUUCAGGCCCACUAAAUCUGCCCCUGCUUCCCCCGCUAAGCCUCCAGUCGUCCCCAGAACCCAAUCCUUCCAUGCCGCCCACAAAAUCCCCAUAGGUGACAGUCCGUAUGUCCGAGCCAAGAAUGUCCAAUUAGUUGAAAAAGAUCCGGAGAAGGCCAUACCUCUGUUCUGGGCAGCCAUUAAUGCCGGGGACAGAGUUGACAGCGCCCUGAAGGAUAUGGCGAUAGUGAUGAAGCAGCAGAACAGAGCUGAAGAAGCCAUUGAAGCCAUUAAAUCUUUAAGACAUCGGUGUUCUGAUCAAGCACAAGAGGCUCUUGACAAUAUUUUGCUAGACCUCUACAAGAGAUGUGGGAGAUUGGAUGAUCAAAUCACAUUGUUGAGGCACAAACUGUUCUUGAUUCAAAAAGGGCUGGCCUUCAAUGGAAAGAGAACCAAGACAGCCAGAUCUCAAGGGAAAAAGUUCCAGGUUUCAGUAGAUCAAGAAGCUACUAGACUUCUGGGAAAUUUAGGAUGGGCAUUGAUGCAGCAAAACAACCACAUAGAAGCGGAAGAUGCAUACAGAAAGGCGUUGACCAUAUCAGCAGACAAUAACAAGAUGUGCAAUCUUGGGAUCUGUUUGAUGAAACAGGGGAGAGUGGGCGAGGCUAAAGAGACGUUGAGACGAGUGAAACCCGCCGUCUCCGACGGCCCAAGAGGCGUUGACUCACACCUAAAGGCCUACGAGAGAGCCCAGCAAAUGCUUCAGGAUCUUGAAUCCGAAUUGAUGGCUAAGGUUGUUGGGUCGGGAACCAAGCUCGAGCAGAGAAGGGCAUUCGAGUCUUUCUUGGGAUCUUCAGCCAUCUGGCAGCCUCACCCCUGUUCUUCAUCAUCUUCAACCCCAGUAGUAGCUGAUCCAUUCCCAGAUGAGAAUAGCAUCAACAAUUCUGCUUCGAAUUCGCUGAAUGUUGCUGCCCAGCCCUUCUUUUCAUCUAAAUUUGUUAAAGAGCCGCUGAAGAGGACAAGGUCCAUUAAUGGCGGCGGCAUCCCGGACUGUGAGGCCAAAAUGAGAAGACAGAGCUCAGUUUCUGACGAUGAGAAUAAAAGGCGUGGGAAAGAAGCAGAAGCGAUGCUACCAGACAGCAAAGACUUUGAGAAUGCAAUCAUUGCGGCGGUUUUGGACGGGACGACGUCAUCAAAGAUGGAAUCUUGCUGUCCGAGAAAGAUUGACAAGAGGCUUAAGGUUUUCCAAGACAUCACUCUGUCUUUGAGCCCAAAAGCAGCCUGACUGCCGUACUGAUUUCUGUUAACAUUAUUUUGGGGUUGGUUAAUUAUUUGUUUAUUCAUUCAUUUAAUUAUUUAUUCAAUCUCUAAUUAUCAUUCUUAGAGAUAUAUUAUUGGAGAGAUGGUGAGAUAGAUAUAGGGAGAUGAGCAGCUUGUUCUCCUCUAAACUUUCACAUUCACUAUUAAGAUGUCUUCCGGUGUUUAUUCAUUUAUGGGUUCCCUUUGGACGAUUAUAUAUCAAUAUAAAGUGCCAUUGGGCUCUAUUGUUCUAACUACCACUACGAAGUCAUGUUUACAUUGUUCCCUUU